AACAGGAACAACACCGAGCUGCUGCUGCUGCUGCUGCUGCUGCUGCUGCAACAACCUCUCUACUCCACACAAACCGGCGUCACACGCGCAUUAUCCGGCUAAUUUACAUACAAAACACCGCCCAGAGGGGGACGAACAUGAUAAUCUACCAUCGACUACUGAAAGCUAGAGCCGUGAGGAGGAGGAGGGGAGAAGAGAAAAGAAACAGCUGAAACAAAGUUUACGGUUUAGAGCGCUGCUGUUUUAAACCCACCGAGCAGGAGCGGCGAGACACUAACCGGACAUUGUGGCGCGUCGUCGGGCUCUUUGGACCCACUUUAGGAGCACGAUAUGGACGCUUUGAAAUCCGCUGGAAGGGCGAUUAUACGGAGCCCCAGUAUCGCCAAACAGUCGUGGGCUGCGGGCAGACAUAAAAAGCUUCCAGAGAACUGGACGGACACGAGGGAGACCCUCCUUGAGGGCAUGGCGUUCCAGCUCAAGUACCUGGGGGUCACGAUGGUCGAGCAGCCCAAAGGAGAGGAGCUGUCUGCGGCUGCUGUCAAGAGGAUAGUGGCCACGGCCAAAGCCAGUGGGAAAAAACUCCAGAAAGUCACAUUAACGAUCUCCCCGCGAGGAAUCAUCCUUUACGACAGUGCCUCCAACCAGCUGAUAGAAAACAUCUCCAUAUACAGAAUAUCAUAUUGCACGGCGGACAAGAUGCAUGACAAAGUGUUCGCCUACAUCGUCCAGAGCCAACACAAUGAGACUCUGGAGUGUCACGCCUUCCUCUGCACUAAGAGAAAAAUGGCCCAGGCGGUAACCCUAACGGUGGCUCAGGCUUUCAGAGUGGCGUUUGAAUUCUGGCAGGUUGCCAAGGAAGAGAAAGAAAAGCGAGUGAAGUCGGGUUCAGACGGAGAAGGAGCCAGCAACUCCCAGUCGGACAGCUCGGCCAGCCUGGGCAGCCUGAAGGGAGGAGAGGUAGCCACAGCAAAACUUCUGGAUUUGGCAGAGGGAGCCAACGUGGCGCUGGUCCACUCAGGAACAAAGCAGACCGACUCGGAUCCCUUUAUGGCGCAUAAUCGCGCCUCAGAGAACAACAAUACUGUAUGGGAGUUGGAGGACGGUCUGGACGAAGCUUUCUCAAGCCGCAGUCUGGAUAGCUUUGAAACCUACUCAGACUCGCUGAGUCUCGCACUAACCCCCAGGUCCUGGACAUUGGGGUAAACCCUCAGGACUUCAACACUGAAGAGUGCCUGUCCUCUGGCAAAUGGGACCAAGAGGACACAGACUUCCCCACACAAUAAGACACUUUCUAAAGUGAAGCCUCCACCAGGAAGGGAAAUAAAUGAGGAGAGAUGGUGGUUGGAAACUGAAGAAGUGAGGAAAACAAGACAUUUGUGACAUCCGUAAGGUUUUUCCUCAUCUUCUCCCUGCUGCCAAGUCCUCUCCGUGGUUCAGUCUAGUGGCUCUCGGAUGCUUCUGCAUCCACACGACCAGAGGAGGACAACACGAGCAGGCUGCUCACAGAACAGGCCAAAGCAAUACAAACACAUUUAUCCCUUUUCUAUGGAAAAACAUGCAGUCAUUUAACGUUUGUUACAGUCAGUGUAUUAUUUCCUUUUUGUGUCUGUUUACCCAUUCACUGUUAGUAAUGUGUUUGUGGUAUGUGCUUGUAUACAUUGCGUUAAAGAAAGUGUGUGUGAGUGUGUGGGUGUACAGUAUAUACAUGUACAAAGUGAGAGGUAUGAUAUGUUUUGAACGGGUCGUUUACGUGAGGUAAAGGUCAACAAGGGUUCUGUCACAUAUGUUAUUUACAUAGAGAUGGAGAACUGUAACUGGAUUAGAGGGAAAAGUCACUGGUUGAAGGCCACCAGUUCCAGUAUUGGACAAAACAAUAGAGUUACUACCUAUGUGGAUUCAACUUUUUGUUGGGUAACAAAAGCUUUAAAAAAAUGUGUGUAUGCUUUGGUCAAAGAGUGUUUGUGUGAAAAAUGGAUGAGAACAAAAUGACAAUCUUAUUUUUUUUUUUCUAAUGCAAAAUCUAUUUUUGCACUCAGCAUUCAUCCACAUUCAAAAGCACAUAUUUAAUGUAAGGGAAUUUAACGUCAAUAAGCAUCAUUAUUCAGGCUUAUAUGCAGUGCCUCUAUUCACUCUUUUCAGUGUUUCAUUGUUUUAUAACUUUCAAUCACAGUGGAUUAAUUCUUUUAAUGGCACCAAGUUUCAAACUAAAGCCAGUCAUAAUUCUUACUCUGGCUCAUGGACAGGACUGGGAUGGGAAAGUGGAAGCAAGUCAGAAUUGUUUUGUUUUCACUUUAACAUGAGUCUUUUUUUAAUAUUAAUCAACCGUGAUUCAUAGUUGAAAAAGUAAAACAUGAAGUCCACGGAGGGUGAAUGUGUUUAUAGGCACUCUACCACUGUAUGUUAAAUUAUAUUGUUGCAUUGACUAGUUUACUAUAUUUUCCGGGAAGGGUUCCCAGUGUUAUUUUUGGCAUUUGUUUAUGUAUGAAUUUAAUUUAAUUCAUUAAUUUACAUAAAAUUCAAUAAAAAAAACAAAAAAC